AUGGAGAACGAUGAGUUCUGCUUACUGAAGAAAGACGCCAUCUUAACGCCUGGACACUCUCAUCCUUGCAACGUGGACAGCAGGGAAGAGGCUACAGGCACGUUGCCACCCGGGCCUGGGGCAACCACAGCUCUGAAAGGAAUUAGGAGCUUUCCCAGGGCCAUCUCCACCACUGCUGCUUUGGUGGUGACACCAAAGCACAUCCUGACAGCGGCUUGUCCGCGGCCCACGCGGCCCCUGGCCCUCUCUCACGGCCUCUCUCCGCAGCGCAUGACGGACAAGUGCUUUCGGAAGUGCAUCGGCAAGCCGGGCGGCUCGCUGGACAAUUCGGAGCAGAAGUGCAUCGCCAUGUGCAUGGACCGGUACAUGGACGCCUGGAACACGGUUUCCCGAGCCUACAACUCCCGGCUGCAGCGGGAGAGAGCCAACAUGUGAAGCAUCUCAGCUCCAGGAACAGGGAUGGACCCAGCGGGGAAGGGACAAGUGGCCAGUCCAUGUGCCUGGGGACAAAUCCUGCUACCUUUCCAACCCCUGCUGUGGCAGAGCAAUAAACCCUCACUGAAUCUUUUGCA